GUUCCGCCGCGGGUCAUGUCGCGGAGCGCCGCGUCGUCGCCCUCCGGGGCCGCCGCCGCCGCCCCCUUUCCGCCGCCCCCGCUGCCGCUGCAGCCGCCCUUCGGUCCGGACGCGGGUCCCGGCGGCGGGCAAGCCGAGCUGAAGCCGGUGCGGCGCUUCAUCCCCGACUCGUGGAAGAACUUCUUCAAAGGAAGGCGCGGCCGCGCCUCGGGCUGGGACGGAGCGACGUCCGACAUCGGGUUCGUGUCGGACGGGACGCCGUGCUCGCCGCCCGCCUCCCCCGGCCCGUGGCGGGCACGGCCCGGCUGCUCCGCAGAGCGCUGCGCGGGGUCGGGCGGCAGCUGCCGCUCGCAGGAGGCCGACGCUAUGCUGCGCGGGGACUCGUCGGGCGCGCCCACCGGCAUGACGUACAGCGAGCAGGUGGAGGCCUACCGGCAGCGCUACGCCUACAUGAAGUCCUGGGCCGGGCUGCUGCGGCUGCUCGGCGUGGCCGAGCUGCUGCUGGGCGCCGCCGUCUUCGCCUGCGUGACCGCCUACGUGCACAAGGACAACGAGUGGUACAACGUCUUCGGGUACUCGCAGCCCUACAGUUACGGCACCUCCUACGGCGGCUAUUACUACGGCGGGCCCAAAACGCCCUUCGUGCUGGUGGUGGCCGGCGUGGCGUGGAUCGUCACCAUCGUGCUGCUGGUGCUCGGCAUGUCCAUGUACUACCGCACCAUCCUCCUCGACUCCAGCUGGUGGCCGCUGACCGAGUUUGGCAUUAACGUGGCCAUGUUCCUUCUGUACAUGUCUGCUGGCAUCGUGUACGUCAACGACAUCAACCGAGGGGGACUCUGCUAUUACCAGCUGUUCAAGACGCCGAUGAAUGCCUCUUUCUGCCGUGUGGAAGGAGGUCAGACGGCAGCCAUCAUCUUCCUGUUUGUCACGGUGGUCAUCUACCUGAUUAGUGCCUUGGUUUCUCUGAAGCUGUGGAGGCACGAAGCAGCCAGGAGGCAGAAGGAAGAGAUGGAACGAGAGAUGAAAACACAGUUGUCUUUACCAGACAGAAAGUAUACUGACAGUGACGACACACCAAAAGAAGAGGUCACUUACAGGCAGCUUAAAUCAGUGGAAAGGAAACCAGAACUACUUAAUGGUCAUAUACCUGCAGGUCACAUUCCUAAACCUAUAGUGAUGCCAGACUACUUAGCGAAAUACCCAGCAAUUCAAACAAAUGAAAUGCGAGACCGGUAUAAAGCAGUGUUCAAUGACCAGUUUGCUGAGUACAAAGAACUAUCUGUGGAAGUUCAUGCUGUGUUGAAGAAGUUCAGUGAGCUAGAAGCAUUGAUGAGACAACUUCCUCAACAUCCUGGAAGCAUAUAUGAACAGGAAAGGAUAUCAAAAGUUCUGCAAGAAUAUGAGAAGAAAAAAAAUGAUCCUGCAUUUCUGGAGAAAAAAGAACGUUGUGAAUACCUAAAGAAUAAGCUUUCGCACAUAAAACAACGAAUUCAGGACUAUGAUAAAGUUAUGAACUGGAAAGUACAAAUUUAGCAAUGCCUUGAGCUUGCAUAUAAUAUUUUUCUAGUUUUUAAAUCAAUAAGCAUAUUUUAAAAUAUUUAUUUACUCUCAGAUCUGUAUACUUUCAGUGGGGAUAACAGCUACCUGAUCACUUCAUCACUUCAUUAGGUGUUGUAUGUUACUGAUAGGUUUUAUAUGCAGAUUCAAUUAUAAAUCUGUGUAAUGAAAUUGUCAGAUAUGUUUAGAAUACCAGUGUUAACAUUCUGCUUUUUUUUAAUUAAGCAUGGUUUAUUUGAGAAGUUGGGAAGUCCACUAGAGAAGGCAGUUCUAAAUACUGUGUCAAAAGUGUGCAUACAAAUACUGUAUGAAGGAUACAGAUGACAUCAGAAUGAUAUCAGAAGGAGUUGCAUUGUUCUCUUUGGCUGGGGUUUGGUAGAGUAUUUGAUCAUACUGAGGAGGUUUCAGCAGGUAGGAAAUGAAUUUUACAAGGUGGUUGUAUUUUCAAAUACACCAUUGUAUAUUAGAAAUUAUUGGGAAUUUCUAAUGCAGAGUAAGUUCCUAUGUAAGCAGUGAUUGUAUGCUGUUUUUUGUUUUGUUCUUAUGCUCCUCUGUCGAGGUGAUGCAACUUAAAAGUGGCAUUAAAAGUGACCUUAUAAGUGACCUUAAAA